ACACAACACCACAAGCUUGAUAAAGAGAGAUAACUUUCUAAGAGAAAUCUCUUAAAGCUAUCACUUCUUCAUCAAUGGCUUACUCUAAGAUUGCUCUUCUCCUUGUUUUGAAUGUCAUCUUCUUCACUUUUGUCAGCUCGACUCCCGCCCCUUACCCCAAACCCACUUGUAAAGAUGCUCUGAAACUUAAGGUAUGUGCCAACGUGUUGAAUUUGGUUAAGGUUUCUCUACCACAAAAGGCCGAAUGCUGCAGCCUUGUCCAAGGUCUAGUUAAUCUCGAUGCGGGAGUCUGUCUCUGCACCACCUUGAAGGCUAAUGUCCUUGGCAUUAUUAAUCUUCGUGUUCCUAUUUCACUCAGUGUUCUCUUUAACCAGUGUCGUACCAAGGUUCCAUCUGGUUUCCAAUGUGCUUAGAGAUAGCACAUUUUAAAUCGAUGUUCUAAAUUAUCACUAAAAAUAUGAUUCUUGUUUCAAUAUUCUUGUUUUAUUCUACCAUUAUCUUCCCUUUAAUCUAUUGUUUGUAAUUUGUUACAUGUUUUAUCAAUGAAAUAAAGUGUUAUCUUCU